CAUGCGCGGCCCCAUCGACAGCGACCCCCCUUGUGGUCUGAGGCAGCGGCGCCGCGAUAAACACGUCCAGGAUCACCGUCCCCUCCCCCAAUUUUCCACACCCCCAACGGAGCCCGCCUCUCCGAAACCGUAAGCCGCCGCAAACCGCCGGCCGCACAGCCACCAAAGGAACACGUCGCUCUCUCCACCCCGCACUGGCGCCGCCGGCGCCUAUUUCUAGCUCGCCGCCACGAAACGCUUGAAGAGCUGGAGAACACACCUCGCCCCUGUUCCGGAAGCAGAGACAAGCUCUCACUUCUAGCUAGGGGUCGUUCGCACCGGCAGCGAGCAGCACGGAGGGAGUCAGGGAUCGGACGACAUGCUGGCGCUGCACCCGAGGGUGGUGGUGACGAGCGCCGCCGAGGACGGCGGCCACGACGAGGGCCGUGCCUGCUACUGCGUCGUGGUGGCCUGCGUCUCGCUGCUGCUCUUCGUCGUGCUGGCCGCCGCGACGGGCAGCGUCGCCAGGGCCUGCGCCAUCACCGCCGCGGCCGCGAUCGUGUUCGGCCUCGCCGGCUGGGCCGCGCCCGCGUGGGACGGUGCCCCGGCGGCGGGAGCGCAGCGGCAGCAGGCCGGCAGCGCUCCGGCGGCGGCGGUGCAGCUGGUGGUGCACCGCCGCUGCGCGUGCGAGUUGGCGGACGCGGCCAUCGGCUUGCUGCCGGCGUUCGCGUACGAGCCGCCGGCCGCCGCGGCGAAGGGCGGCGGCUCCGUGCUGCUGUGCGCGGUGUGCCUGGAGGACGUGCGCGCCGGCGAGAUGGUGCGGCAGCUCCCCGCGUGCCGCCACCUCUUCCACGCCGACUGCGUCGACGCCUGGCUGCGCGCGCACCGGACCUGCCCGCUCUGCCGCUGCGACCUCUCCCAGCGGAACCUCACCGCCAAGGCCGCCGCGGCGGCCGCCGUCACGGUAGAGUCCUCGCCCGACGCCCUGCCGCCGGUGUGAGGAACCGAUCAGCUCACCGGAAUCUGGGCGGCGCAAUUCCGUUCGUAAUUUGGACUGUACAUUCUUGAUCUCUAACACAGCAUAAAGCAGAUUAGAUUGGUGCUGUGGUCUAGUGUUCGCUGUCGCUGAUGUGUAAUUCUUCAUCAUUACGAUUUACGACGCACGGCACGACCAAUCAAAGAUUUCGAUCUCCAAGGCGCGACGUGCGUCGCCGGACAUGUCUGCGAAAAUUCGAGUGGCUCCAGCUCUCGCCUGAUGCUUCCGGUCGCGAAAGAUAGGGAGCAUCCAGCCGAUGGAGACCGGUACCGGAUAGUACGGAGUCCGGAGCUUGACAUGCUUGAAAUCGGCCGCUACAAGACAAUCCGGUCGAUCACGUCAGCUGCAGCCUGCGUAGAAGCAGUACACCACGGGGAUGUGGAUGCUGUUGCACCGGCCAAUUACGCUUUGGAAUGUAUGCAACAAGAAGAAAGGUCCGUGUUUCCCAGGCAACCAGGCUUUUGUCUGGGCCGUUGGGAUAGGUUUAGCAGUGACCAAGACAUCGUUUCAGUGUUGGCAUAUGUGUCUGUGUUGUUGAUCGGUCAGACUACCUGACUGAGUGUGGAC